AUGUCGGUCGUGAAGACGUACAUCCUUGCUCCCAACUUCUCCUUCCAACCCGACGGCUCGAUCAAAAUUGGCAAUAUCAUUGCCGAGCCCUUCAGGCCAACAAAGCCGCUCUCUGCGCUCGACCUUGUUACCAACUCCAUCGAAAUCAUCACCACUACUGAGCUACAAUCAAGCAUUCGCAAAGUCAAGAGCCGCUCCGGUCAUGGCAGCAUCUGGGCACAGUUCCUCCAAACUGCAAGCGGUCAUGUCGGCGCAGGAAAAAGCACCGAUAGAGCGACCAGCUACGAGAGCGACAGUCUGGACACCAUCCAGCUCAAGUAUGAUCCAACAGAGGAUCAGGUCACACCGCUGCUGCAGAACAGCAAGGUACUGGCCGCAAUGAAUGCCGGCAUCUUCGGCAGACAGCCCGUCUACAUGAUUACAGGACUGAAGAUUGCCAGAGGCUUCAGCAUGAAGAAUCAAGUUACUACCAAUUACGAGGUCAGUACAGGCUUUGGCGUACCAGUAACGGAUCAGAUCUCCGUGGGCUUUGACGUCGGACGAGGCCACGGCAACGAGGUCGAGACGUCCUUCCGGUCUGCGAACGACAUCAUCUUUGCGUAUCAGUUGCACAAGAUUGCUUUGAAAGGGAGGAAGACCACAACUACGAAUGUCGACGUGUAUGCUCCCAAGUCAGCAUUCCUUCACGAUGAUGAUGAUGAACGGGACAGGGACGUGGCAAUAGUGAAUCCUGCAUCGGCGGAUGAUGUCGACGAGGCUUUGGCAGCAGACGAAAGUACAGAGAUUGAGGUUGCAAAUGUCAUGGAUGGUGAGGAAGAACAGGCUCGAAAGAACCAGACGAGGCUGAAAGUCGCCCUGAAUUUAGAGCCACAACACCUUCGCAUCCCUGCUCGCGAGCGCCCUCCAGCUCAGAAAGCAUAUAGCAACCAAGCCCUCCCUCACCCAAAUUCUCACAGCUUCCGCACGAAUCUGCACACGUUCACCGACCUUCAGCACGCCGAUCGCCGAUCACGAAGCUCGAAAACGCCUCUUCCAGCACAUCACACCACCUCCAGCCGCAGCCUCGCCGGCGGUUCGCACUGCAGCCGACGAAUCAUGUCCGACUAUAUCGACCCCGAAUUCCAGGGCGAUGCGCUGGCCGGCUUCGAGUCGAUGGACAACUUCAUGGACUGGGAUGGAGGAGAGGACUGGGUUCCUGAUUGGGUUGGCGUCGAGGAUGACGCUGCCCAAGGCAGGUGA